CAGCCGAGCGGGAUUGCCGCGAUGGCAGCGCGCUCGCUGGCUUGGCUGCGCGGCGGGGCUCGCUUCGGGUGGCAGAGGCCGCUGCUCGCCCGGUCCCCGCGGCGCGGGUACCACACCGAGCGCGGCGUCUACGGGUAUAAGCCGAGCCGCAAGGCGGAGGAGAGGGGCGACGGCGCGGAGCGAGCGGCGCCCUCGCGGCGAGCAGCUGACCAUGGACUAGUUCGCUUAGUGACUGCAUAUCAUGAACAUGGGCACAAAGCUGCCAAAAUCAAUCCACUGUUUACUGGCCAGGCUGUGAUGGAUGCGGUGCCUGAAAUUCAGGUCCUGACGGAAACCUUACAAGGGCCUUUCAAUACAGCAGGGCUUUUGAACAUGGGAAAGGAUGAAGCCUCUCUUGAAGAUGUCCUAUCUUACCUGGAACAUAUCUUCUGUGGACAUAUUUCUAUAGAGACUAGCCAGCUGUCAAGCAUGGAAGAAAAGGAAUGGAUUGCUAAACGGUUUGAGGAACUGAAACAAGAAGCUUUUACUACUGAAGAGAAAAAGUAUUUGUCCAAGCUCAUGCUAGAAUCUCAGGAAUUUGAUCAUUUCUUAGCCACCAAGUUUGCCACAGUGAAACGCUAUGGCGGCGAAGGGGCAGAGAGCAUGAUGGGGUUCUUUCACGAACUGUUAAAGAUGUGCUCAUAUAGCGGGGUGACAGACAUCAUCCUUGGCAUGCCUCAUCGAGGCAGACUUAAUCUUCUCACAGGUCUUCUUCACUUUCCGCCUGAGCUGAUGUUCCGUAAAAUGCAAGGCUUGAGUGAAUUCCCGGAGAACUCGCUUGCAAUUGGAGAUGUCCUCUCCCACCUCACGGCAUCUGUGGAUCUGGACUUUGGGUCUCACCGCCCGAUCCAUGUCAUCUUGUUGCCGAAUCCUUCCCAUCUAGAAGCUAUCAACCCUGUGGCCGUUGGCAAAACGCGAGGGAGACAACAAUCUUUGCUGGAUGGAGAUUACUCCCUAGCCAGUUCUGCACAGCCAGGAGAUAAAGUCGUCUGCCUGCAGGUCCAUGGAGAUGCUUCUUUUUCUGGCCAAGGCAUCGUUCCAGAAACAUUUACCCUUUCCAAUCUGCCCCAUUUUAGAAUAGGUGGAAGCAUUCAUCUCAUUGUUAAUAACCAACUGGGCUACACCACCCCAGCAGAGCGAGGAAGAUCAUCCUUGUACUGUAGCGAUAUUGGUAAGAUAGUUGGCUCUGCUGUUAUCCAUGUGAAUGGGGAUGACCCUGAAGAAGUUAUCAGAGCCGCCCGACUGGCUGUGGAGUACCAGCGACAUUUCCGGAAGGAUGUGAUUGUGGAUUUACUGUGCUAUCGGCAGUGGGGUCACAAUGAACUCGAUGAGCCUUCUUUUACAAACCCCACCAUGUAUAAAAUAAUCAGAUCUCGGAAGAGCAUCCCAGACACUUACGCAGAAAGCCUUGUAGCCAAGGGCCUUACAACUGAGGAGGAGAUCUCUGAGAUAAAAACUUCCUAUUACUCUAAGCUCAAUGAACAUCUCACCAGCAUGGCUUUGUAUGCACCUCCUUGCCCCAAUCUUCAGGCUCACUGGACUGGCAUGGUGGAGCCCACGCCAAGGAUCACAAGAUGGGAUACAGGCGUUCCAGUACCACUCCUUCAGUUUGUCGGGGUCAAGUCAGUGGAGGUGCCUGAAGAAUUACAUCUGCACAGCCACAUCCUGAAGACACACACUCAGUCAAGAGUGCUGAAGAUGGAAGAAGGAGUAAAGUUAGACUGGGCCACUGCUGAAGCAUUAGCUUUUGGCUCUCUACUGUGUCAAGGUUUUAACGUUCGUCUGAGUGGGCAAGAUGUUGGCCGAGGAACAUUCAGCCAGCGGCAUGCUAUGCUGGUUUGUCAAGAGACAGGUGAAACAUACAUCCCUUUGAAUCACAUGUCUCCAGAUCAGAAGGGCUUCCUUGAGGUGAGCAACAGUCCUCUUUCAGAAGAAGCAGUGCUUGGCUUUGAGUAUGGAAUGAGUAUUGACAGCCCAAAUUUGUUGCCCAUUUGGGAGGCCCAAUUUGGGGAUUUCUUCAAUGGAGCUCAAAUAAUAUUUGAUACAUUUAUCUCUGGAGGGGAAGCCAAGUGGCUACUGCAGAGUGGGCUGGUGGUUCUUCUUCCACACGGCUAUGAUGGUGCAGGACCAGAACACUCUUCAUGCCGAAUUGAACGAUUCUUGCAGAUGUGCGAUAGCUCAGAAGAGGGGAUCGAUGGCGACCACAUAAAUAUGUCUGUUGUCCAUCCAACCACCCCAGCUCAGUAUUUCCACUUACUUCGAAGGCAGAUGGUUCGAAACUUCCGGAAACCACUUAUUGUGGUUUCCCCCAAAACCCUCCUUCGGUUACCUACUGCUGUGUCAAGCUUACUAGAAAUGGCUCCAGGAACAACUUUCAGACCCGUCAUUGGUGAUUCAACAGUGGAUCCUAAAUGUGUCAGCAAGGUGGUUCUCUGUUCUGGGAAACAUUAUUAUACUUUGGCCAAACACCGGGAGCUGCUUGAAGAAAAGAAGCAAAAUAUUGCAAUUGUAAGAUUAGAAGAACUGUGUCCUUUCCCAGUCGAACCUCUGCAGCAGGAGAUGAAUAAGUUCACUAAUGCCAAAGCUUUCAUCUGGAGUCAGGAAGAACCUCAGAACAUGGGCCCAUGGACAUUUCUGUCACCAAGGUUUCAAAAGCAACUGGCUUGUAAGGUCUGUCUUGUAAGUCGACCAGCUUUACCAGCUCCUGCCGUAGGCAUUGGAGUUCUGCAUCAGCAGCAGCAGCAAGAUCUUCUUACUGAAACAUUUGCUUGAGACUUACCUACCAUGGGACUUUUGGUGUUACAACAAGGCCCAGAAAGCGAGAAUCUGAAACUCAGUUUGCUUGUGAGGUAUGCUGCUGAAAUUAAUGGGGCCUGAGCCAAAAUGGAGUUUCUUAUUCCUUUUACUGCAGAUGUAAACAUCUGCAUAAAAUUGCAGUCCCAUAGCAAAUUGAUGGGACUUAAAUGUAUCUACAUUUAUCUGGUUCGCACCAAUAGGUGAGUGUGAGGUACAGACCAACAUUUUAAACCAAUAUAAUGAUUGUUACAGAAGUUCUUAAUUCAUAUUACAACAAAGCUAGAGUGAUCCCCUGCUUGCCUGCAUGUAGCAUUACAAGUAAAAUUUUGUAUUUUCCGUUAGCAAUCACCAUAAAUUAAAAUUUUGGAUUUUGUAUUUUCCGUUAGCAGUCACCAUAAAAAAACGUCCCAGGAUGAACUUCCUAAAUUAAAGAAGCUUUUCUGGGACUGCAUAAUAAAAUAUUUAUUACAAUUGAUUUCCCUUUCACAACAAAGUUAGGUAUUUGUAAACCAUAGUAAAUCAGGGAAUGUUUAAAUAAUGACAGAUUAUUAUACAUAUAGUUUGUAUUUUUAAAACAAACCCUGUUGUAUGUGUGUACUUUUAACCAUCUUCCAAGAGUUACAUAGGCCUACUUUAUACAAAUAACAAUUAAAUCUGGACUGUGUCAUUUCAGAUUCCGGGCGGUGGAAUAACUUUGCCAAGCAAUUCCCUGCCAGAAAAAUAAAUUCCUGUGUACAAAUUAUGUCUUCUUUUUAUCUAGGUUCUGUGUGGUAGCCUGGAAUUUGUUUUAUUACAUACUAAAUAUGAAGCUGUGCAUCCUUCAUCAAUGGUCCAAAGUUCUCCAUCAUCUCUGCUAGUUCAUCCUAGGAACUAAGCCUUAGAUUUGAAAUUGAUUAUGAUUUUGUGCCACCUAGUCAAUGGUGACUUUUAGCAACCACAUACACAGAUUUUCUCCAGGAAGAUUUGAAGUAGAUGGAAAAUAAAUUGAAAACUGCAAUUCUUUAAUAAAUUAUAGUAGGUUCUGUUCUCACACCUAUAAAACAGGGGAGGCAGAGGAUGGUCACGACAAAGAAUUAGACAGAUAUUCUCUAUUAUGGAAAAAUAGAAUAGUGUAAAAUAUCAUUUCUCCAUUUUUAUUUGGUUUGCUUUGAAUGUUUUAAUUGCAUUUUCUGAAUCUACAACCAAAUUUUUUAGGAAUUGUGACUGGUUUUUUUCCAAAUCUUUUCAUGUUCCCAAAGUAACAUUUAUAGCACUAUCCAAAUGCAUUUUAUGUUUCUUGCUUUCCUCGGAAGAUCUGAUCAUGGAAAUCCUUGUAUUUUUGCUGCUUCGGGCUAAAAGGAAUUUCUCAAGGAUGAUUUAAGUUCAGAUAAUAGAGGACAGGCACCAGGGCAGAGUAAAAUUUCUGCACAGUCUAAACUGCUACCUUGAUAGAGUUCUCGAGUUGAAAAUUGCUACUAAGUCCAACUCCUGCUCAAUAAAAGGAUCCAAAUUAAAGCCUCCUUGGCAGAUGGCUCUCUGUCUUCUACUUGAAGAACUAUUUUAUGUGAAACUGCUUUUAUUGUUAGGAUGUUUUUGAGAGGGAAGGAAAGAAAUGACCUUGAGUAUCAAGGUAUAUCACUGUAAUAAAAGUGAAAUAUCAAGGUC